GAGAGAAAGAGAGACAGCGAGCGAGAGAUCAGUUUACCACCAUGACCAGCAAACACAACAGAGUGAGUGCAAGUGUGUGAGGUCGACUUUCAAGUGUGUGUGUGUGUGUGUGUGUGUGUGUGUAAACAGUAUUUCAGAAGUGGCAGAAUCCACAGCAUGCAGAAGGUCCCAGAAGAAUGGAGAGAGACGGAGGAGAAGAGGACGUCAGAUGGAGGACAGAAGGGACAGACGGAGGAGUGUGAGACGCUGAUGAUGGAGCUGAAUCGUCUCGUCCAGAAGACAGUGAGGGACAGCAGCUGGUGGGACAGGAGAGGACUGGACUGCACCAUCCUGGCUUCAGCUUUCAUCAGCCUGCCUGCAGCUUUCUUGCUCUUGUCCUCGUCUCAAGUGUGUUACUUCCUGUUGGGCUUGAUUCUGAUGGGCGUGGCUCAUGCUGUGAUCACGGUGAAGGGAACUCACCUGGCCAGUCAUGGAGCUCUGAGCGAGUCCACUGCCUGGGGACAGUUCUGGGCCGUCUUCUUCAUCGAGGUGUGUGGAGCAUUCACAGCGAAUGCGGGUGUGAAAGCACACAUUAAGAUGCACCACGCUCACACCAACGUGAUCGGACUCGGAGACUCGAGCACAUGGAAGGUUCCAUUUCUGCCCCGAAGUGUUUAUCUGUUCAUCGCCCCGCUUGCUGUGCCCAUCAUCACUCCUGUAGUAGCUAUGGGGCAGCUGAAAGGCCAGCCGUUGUGCACAGCGAUGCGUACGGUGGUGUGUGUGUGUGUAGGUGUGUGUUCCCACUACGCACUGCUGCGGUGUGUAUCGGGCUUGGAGUGUAGCUCAGCGCUGCUGGUGAUGCUGCUGAGCAGAAACAUGUUCUCCAUCCCCUACAUCCAUGUCAACAUCUUCCAGCACAUUGGGUUGCCGAUGUUUUCUCCGAAUCGUCGGCCCAAGCGUAUCUACCAGAUGAGCCACGGUGUGUUAAACCUGCCGCGGAACCCACUGUUGGAUUGGACCUUCGGCCACUCGCUCAUCAACUGCCACGUGGAGCAUCACCUGUUCCCUUCACUGUCCGACAACAUGUGCCUCAAGGUGAAGCCAAUCGUGUCACGGUACCUGAAGGCGAAGGCGUUGCCGUAUCAGGAGGACGGCUAUCUCUCUCGCCUUCAGCUCUUCUUCCACAGGUACCAGGAGCUCAUGGUGUUUGCUCCACCCAUCACUGAGCUGGUCGGGGUGCAGUGACCAAGAACCACAAGAACUUUCACAAAUCUUCACGACCAAGACAUUUUGUUUCAUACCUGACCAACCUCAACUUUCUGAUAACUCUCUCUCUCACACACACACACACACACACACACACACACACACACACACACACACACACACACACACACAUCACUGUAGGCUUCCAUCAUGAACACACCAUGUGAUGGAAGUUCUGGUGUCAGCUGAAGAACUACCAAAGACCUAAAUAUAAAUAUUUAAGGCCUGAGAUAGGGAACAUAGUGAGUAUUAGUGAAUCCGUCACUGUAAGGGGCGUACAAGACAAAAGUAAUUGCCCCCACCAUUCAAUCUGCUGCCCCUCCCCCCUCCUUAUACACUAUCUGUGAACAUCAGCGUUUACUGAAGUGCUAUUCUUCAGCAUGAACAGAAUCAAAAAUAUUUUGUCGUUUUCUUCAGAGAACAUCUGAGGUUUUUUAGUAUCGGACAUUUUCACUGCUUUACAAUUAAAUUACAAAAAUAGAUCUGCUCUGCUACAACUGAAAUUUGAUUUAAUUUAACUAAACUAGCUAAUCUGAUAUGCUAACACAGCUAGCUAGCGAGUAUCGAGAAAGCUGAUCACUCACUGAAACUGUCCGUGUUCAAAGUGAGGUCUUUUCUUAUUUUAUACUAAUUAGCUGUGAUGUAUUGAAACAACAAACCCAAAUGACUGGCUGCAGUCGAUUUCUCGGAUGCGCUUUUAUCUCAACAUUAUUACAACAUUAAAGUACAGUUUAAAAAUGUACAUUCUGCCUACUGACAUAUGACUGUAAUUUAAAGACAGCUGGACAGGCCACGCCCAUGAGGGAUAAUCAGAGUGUUAGCAUAAUGCUAUCUGGUUAUUUCUGUAACACAAACUAAAACUGAGCAAUACAUCGAGGGAAGCAAAAAGUAAACAAUUAUGAUGCUUGUAAACAAGAACACACUUUUCUUAUCGAGACAAAAAAAAAAUCAGCAAAUUGUAGCAAACGUGCAGCUCUGAGCUAACAGCGCUAACUGAGGACAUGUCGGCAUGAGCACACUGUCGAAUGUUGAACGCUAUUUUAACUUUAUUUUUUGA